UAUCUCACCCCGUCAGGAACUCUGGCAGCCCACUGUAACUUUAUCAGAUGGACUCAGAAUGGAGAGAAGCUGACGCACCGUUAUUCUGUGGACCGUUAACUUUCCUCGGCGAAGUUUUUCCUCCUGCCAUUACAACCUAUGUGCGACGAUAAAGCAGGAACCACGCUCCACAUUAUUUUGGAAACUUUUUGACCAGCGUGCAACUGACUUUGUUUUCCCUUUGGACACUUUUACUGCGCAAUUACGCACGAUACGCAAAAAGGAAUGGCUCCACGUCGGAGACAAAAAACGGGACUACAAACUAUUUUGCAUGUGUGCCUUUCUAUUUCUGUGGUUUUCUCAUACAAUAUAGACUUGGAACAUCCCUUGGUGUUCCGUGGACCUAAUUCUAGUUUUUUUGGCUAUUCUGUGCUGGAGCAUUAUUAUGACAACACACGCUGGGUCAUAGUAGGGGCUCCCAGAGCCAACUCUACCUACAGUAGUACAGUGCACGCUCCUGGUGCUGUGUUCAAGUGCAGAGUCCACAGCAACCCGGAGCGCCGCUGUACAGAGAUGGACUUGGGAAGAGGAAACAAGCCCCGAGAGUCGUGCGGGAAGACGUGCCAAGGGGACAGAGAUGACGAGUGGAUGGGAGUAAGCUUAGCGCGUCAGAACAGAGCCGAUGGCAAAAUACUGGCCUGUGCCCACCGCUGGAAAAACGUCUACUAUGACUCGGAGCAUAUCCUCCCGCAUGGAUACUGUUCGAUCAUCCCGCCAUCUCUCCAGGGCAGGACCCAACCCCUCAUUCCGUGUUACGAAGAUUAUAAGCAGAAGUAUGGGGAAGAGCACGGUUCCUGCCAAGCUGGGAUAGCGGGAGUUUUUAAAGAGGAGCUGGUGGUGAUGGGGGCCCCCGGGUCUUACUACUGGACUGGGACAAUCAAGGUUUACAACCUGACGUCUGACACCUUCUACAGUCCAAACAAAGAUGAUGUCGACUCCCACAGAUACAGCUAUCUUGGCUAUGCUGUGACUGCUGGACACUUCUCCUCCCCUAAUGUGAUCGACAUAGCCGCAGGGGCGCCUCAGCACAACGGCAGCGGGAAGGUUUACAUUUUCAAAAUUGAUGGCGUGUCUUUGGUGAAGAGUUUUCAAGCCUCAGGGAAAAUGAUGGGCUCUUACUUUGGCUCCUCAUUGUGUGCAGUUGAUCUGAACAAGGACGGUCUGUCAGACCUGCUGGUGGGGGCACCCAUGCACAGCAAGCUACGGGAUGAGGGCCGCGUAACUGUGUACCUCAGCAAGGGCAAUGGGGUGAUGGAGGAGCAGGCCGUUUUGACCGGAGACAAUGCUUACAACGCCCACUUUGGAGAGUACAUUUCCUCGAUUGGAGACGUCGAUGAUGACGGCUACCAAGACGUAGCCAUAGGUGCUCCUAAGGAGGACGACUAUGGAGGAGCUGUUUAUAUCUAUCACGGGGAUGCCACAGGAAUCAUCAGCAAAUAUUCCAUGAAAAUAUCUGGGCGUAGUGUCAAUCCUGGUCUCCAGAUGUUUGGUCAGGCAAUAUCUGGCAAUGUAGACAUGGACGGUAAUGGAUACACAGAUAUCACCAUUGGAGCUUUCAUGACGGAUAGUGUGGUGCUACUAAGGACCCGGCCUGUCAUUACAGUGGACGUCUCCAUCUUCUUGCCUGUGUCCAUCAACAUUUCUGUACCUCAGUGCCACGAAGGCCAGAACAUAAACUGCUUCAACAUCACCGUUUGCAUGCGCUUCCAUGGAAGACAACUUCCUGGACAAAUAGAGCUGCUGUACAACUUGACGGCUGAUGUGGACAAGAGACAAAAAAACCUGCCUUCACGGGUCUACUUCAUUCAAAGUGGCUCUCAGAUCAGCCAGAAAAGCCAGCAGCUCAACCUGGACGUCAACAAUGAUAAGUGCCAGCACUUCACUGCCUAUGUCAAAAAGGAUGUGAAGGACGUAUUCACAGCCAUCACGUUUGAGGUGGCAUACAGCCUUGGGAAGCAUGUACUAAGUGGACACCAGGACCGAGACUUGCCGGCUCUCACCCCUGUGCUUCGGUGGAGAAAAGGAAACAAGAUCGCAGUGAGGAAUGAGACUUGGUUUGAGAAGAACUGCCUCUCCGACGACUGUGCUGCGGACCUGCGUCUCCAUGGGAAGCUGUUGCUCUCUGGGGCACACAGCAGGCCACAUUUGGCUCUGGGAGGAGUAAGGAAUGUGUCGUUGAACUUGACCAUCUCAAAUGCUGGUGACGACGCCUACGACACCAACGUCUAUCUCAACUUCUCCCGGGAGGUUUUCUACAUCAACUUCUGGCAGAAGGAAGAGAAGGGCAUUUCCUGUGAACUUGUCGACUUGGACUUCCUCCGGUGCAGCGUGGGAUUUCCUUUCAUGAGAGCACAGACAAAGUAUCAUUUUGCAAUCCUUUUUGACACCAGUCGAAUUUCUGGGGAAAAUGACACUUUGCAGUUCUUGGUGCAAGCAAAGAGUGCCAAUCCAGAGCACAACCUCUCAGACAAUAUUCUGGAUAUAUCCAUCCCGCUGAUUCAUGAGACUGAUACAACAAUUACAGGCGUGGUGGCGCCGAGCUCCUUUGUGUACGGAAACUCCAUCGACGCCUCACGCUUCGUCCAGCUUGAAGACAUGGAGUGCAGCUUCCAGCCUCUCAAUGUCACUUUCCAGGUGAUAAAUAACGGACCCAGUCGGCUGCCGGGCUCCACUGUGGACAUUAGGAUACCCAACCGGUUGGCUGGCAAUGGAGCUGAUAUGUUCCACAUUGUUGAGACACAGGUUGCCGACGGCCGAGGAAACUGCACCCCACAUAGGAACCCAACACCUUGCACGAUUCCCCAGGAUCGAGAAAGCAUCUUUCACACUAUAUUUGCCUUUUUCACCAAAUCAGGCCGCAAAGUCUUGGACUGUGACCGACCAGGAAGAGCGUGUAUGACCAUCUCUUGCCAUCUGGGGCCGCAGCUGAAAGAAGAAGCGUUGAAUAUAGAUAUCGAGCUUUUACUCAAUACUGAAAUUCUAAAGACGGAUACAUCCUCUGUAAUUCAGUUUGUAACACGUGGCCAUGUGCAAGUAAAUGAGAGGACGGUGGAGAUGCCCAAAGGCCUGCCAGAGGACAUCGCUCUGAUCUUCGAGGCACUGCACAGUCAGGAGCCCAGAGGCUAUGUAGUGGGCUGGAUCAUCGCUAUCAGUCUGCUGGUGGGGAUCCUCAUCUUUCUGCUCCUAGCUGUGCUGCUAUGGAAGAUGGGCUUCUUCCGUCGGCGGUAUCGCGAGAUCAUUGAGGCCGAGCGGAACAGGAAGGACAGCGAUGAUAGCUGGGACUGGAUGGAAAAGAACCAUUGAUACUCGUGCUGGCGAUGGUGGUGGAGGUCCCCUUGGCGCCAAAGACAUUUCCGAAUUGUGUCAGGAUGAAGCCAGCGGCACGGGGCUCCUUUCCAGCCCUGCCGCCGCAAUGGCACCGGGCCCAUCAAGCCUUCCAUAUGUGGAAGAAGAAUAUUCUCCAUAUUUUCUGGAGACUUGAUAUGUUUUCGAGGGUGGGAGUCCAGGAACUUGUGAGGUGACAGCGUGGCCUGCCAGAGGAUGAAGAAUUACGAUAACUUACAGUUGGCGGCGUGGCGCUGCCAGUUGAAAGUCCUAAUGUGGAUACUGGUGGACAACAAAAACCUCAGGGCUGUGUUACAUAGCAACUUUAUUUUUGUACACUUUAAGCCAUAUUGUGCAAAGGUGGUCUUGGAGAAGAGGUGGGGCCAUUGUGUCUGUAGUAUGUUUUCCUAAAAGCACUGAUACGUCUGGAUGCCUCAGCUACGGAGUAUAUCCUGCCCAGAACAAAUUGGACAUGUUCCUUAUUGAAAGUGGAAGAUUGUGUUCUCUCUUUGAUUAUCAUUUCAAGUUUUUGGUGUCUUUGAGACACAAACACACGCGCGCGCACACCGUUUAAAACACUGUAGCCUCUGUGGCUUUCGGCAGAAUUGGCCCUCAAGUGACUGAGGUCAUUAGAAAUAUGAACACUUUAAAGGUCGGGCUUUUCCAUCUUUUACACCAGCAGUCGCCAACAUUUAUUGAGCCAAGGCACACAUUUUACAUUCAUCUCGGAUGCCACGAACAAUGAUAACCAAGUACGCCGCCUUUAUUUUUUGUAUUAAGGAUUUGUUUUUAAUGUGCAAUGUGUUAAUUAGUCCCAAAAUAAUUAUUUGGUAUGAAGAUGACUGACCACAAAAUUAGUAAAUAAAUUUGCUGUAAAUAAAAAUUCCUAUUUUGAAUAACCCACUUUUGAUUCACAGUGUUAUACUGACAGGUUUUAUCUAAUGUUAUGAUUGGAUUAUUUGGAUUGGACAUGAGAAUGAAAACCUACGAACAGCUGUCAGUGUGAUAUUGUGCAAACUUAAACCACAAUAACAAACAGUUCAUUUUUCAAAGACAGCAUUUUUUAGAUCGAUGAGAUUGCGCUGAUGUGCCUAACGUUGUAUCCAGCCCAUCUUAACGGAUCAUGUUCGAAAUUCUCAAGGAAAUGUUUGACUAAAUGUCAUGAGAUAAGAUGUUAUGAUUUAUGUGCAAGCUAACGACAGCUGCGAGUAUUAAGUUUGACUAUGAUGUAAAAGUAUACUACUAUAUAGUGUGGUUAUAGUAUCAUAUGGAGUCUGGAGUAAGAAACCUGAGCUACAUGGCCCUCCACAGCCAGAUGUGUGUAUGUGUGGGAUUGGACCCCCUCAUGGGCCUGUAGUGUGACUCAUGCCCUAAAAAUAGGCAACAAUAUAUUCCGCUACAUAAAAGAACUUUUUAGAGAUCAUUGUAAGAUAACAUGAACAGUCAGCCUAAAAACAUAAUUGCCUAAAUCCAAUUGCCUCAAUUCUUCCUUUUCAAUUUCAUGACCUGGAUGAAUGAGAAUCUACGCAGAUGUAAAGAAACAUCUUUUUUUUUAGCACAUACGUUGGUAUUUUGACUUGGGCAAGUAUUCUAUUCGGGUAAUAAAAUGUUAGCGAACUAAAAAUAGUGCUUAACUGCCCCCCAGCCACGUCAUUGAGACUUAUGUGAAAUACAGUGAAAGGAAAUGUAUAUAAAAUGUCCCCCAAAAUGUAACAUUUUUAAGUAUUUUCAAGUUCUCCAUUGCAAACCUAAAAGUUUGAAUGCAAUUUUUUUUCACGUGUUUUUAGCUCACUUUUAAAUAGACACUCAUAUCCAGUGUGUUUGGAUGAAAUGAAAUGUGCUGUUACCAAUGUUACCAAUGAAUUUCACUGGCAUGAUAGCAUUUACUGUGUACACCGUCACAUCUUCAGUCAGCUUCAUUGAUCAUUCAAAUUUUAAUGCAGAUACAAGAAACACUUGACGUUUCCUUGGGGGUCAAUUUGAACUGUGAUGGAAAUAGUUUUGAUGGUUUUGGUUGUUCCCAAUAUACUACUGUCACACAUUAUCAUUUCCAUUAUAGUGUUGGAUGUUUUUAAAAAUUGUAUUGAGGUUGUAUAUUUAUCAAAUGAUAAAUAAUUUUUGAGUGGAAAAAACAAAUGCUGUGUUUUUAUUAUU